ACAAUACAGACACGGGGGUUGAAUAUGCAGGCGGUGUUCAGAUGUUACGAUGACCUUUGUUUCAACUGGCUGUGAUUUAGCUUUGUUAUGGGCAUCAUUUCUACAAAUGGCAUAGUAUGUGGUUGCAUUGAGCAUCUGCUCACAGGAAGGCUAGCAAACCUAGAAACCAUGACGACUUGACCAUACAACAUGUUGCUAUUUCUAGGAUCUGUCCAAUGGCAGUAUACAUUAAAAGGCACAACUCUGUACAAAGGGGAUCAGAUCAUAUGAUAGGGAUAUACAGAUUCUGAGUAGAGCAACUGACUACAAUGGCAAAACACAUACGAAGACAUUCAUGGUGUAUCGUGACAUCAUUGCUUAUAAUUGCAACUAUUACUAUGGAAAGUAGGUCACACAUAAUGCGAAUUAAUUUGUUGAAUGAUGCUAACAACUCAAAGACUGUUUUAGAUUCUGAUGCUGAUUAUAAUAACUGGAUUUUCAGAGAUCCAGUGCCAAUAGAUUUACAGAAAGAGCCAAAGCCCCAACGAUCAAGGCGCUCGGUUCACAAGGAAAAGGUUCCUCCAUACUAUGUAAAUAGCAGAUCACCUUAUUCAUCAAUAGUGUCCCUAGAUAUUGGAUGCGUGGGAACGCUUAUAUCACCCAUGCAUGUUCUGACGGCAGCUCAUUGCGUCCACGACGGAAAAAAAUUGCGUACUGGCCAUUUGAUGCGUCCCCUUAAAAUAGGCUUGCUACGACGAAAUGGGAAACAGCACAAAAUCCGAGUGAAAAAGAUAUAUGUCCCGGAAGAAAUUCGUCCGAACACUGCAAGCAGAUUCACUUAUGACUAUGCUGUACUGAAAUUAGUACGUCGUCACAAACGACCAUAUUUGCCUGUUAAAGCAUCCAAAGGAUUCAUCAGAUCAUUGAAAUUUCAUGUUUUCGAAAGAGAUCGCGGAAGAAAAUCUAGAUCGUUAUAUAGAUUUACUCACUGCCCAGUUAACAACAAACGUAGCAAAAACUAUUUUCAGAUUCUUGCAAAAUACUGCCCAAGCUCAAGUGGGGAUUCUGGGACUGCUGUGUUUGAUAACAGUGAAGAGCAAAGAAAUUCAGUAAUUGGCAUUCUCUCCGCAACAGCUAGCUACAGAGAUAGAAAUGGUCAGUACACUGCAACUGUAAUUUUAAGGUUGACAAAAUCAGAUGUUGCAAAAAUAAAUAAAUGGAUUAGUAAUUCGUAGUCCAGUUAUUUAUAAAGUAGGUAUUACGUUAGUGAUAAAUUUAAGUAUAUGAAUCAGAGAUGUCAAAUAUUUUGCAGACACUAUGACGGAUCGAAUGAAAUGGAGCAGGACAACCCCCCCUCCCCCCAUAGUAUUAUUGCCUUUGUUUUUACCUGUCUGCAUUUUUAAAUAAAUAACAUGUAAAGAAUAUCAGCUAAGCAACAGAUUUUGAUAAUCUAGUUAGUUCUCAAAAGGAAGUUUCCAAUGUUUUUCAGAUGGUUGUAAUGUCGUUUCAUUCAGGUGUCUACAAUAAUGAGUCCUUCCCAACUUGAUUCUUUGAUUCUUAUUCCCCCAGAUAUGCCUUAAAAUAUCAAUAUUAGCUACAGAACAUGUAAACAUGACAUAAGUAUAGCAAUUCACUGGUGUUGCUCUGUGAUUAAUCCAUUCGACUUUUAAGUAACUAGAUGACAUCUUUGAUGUCAUUUUUCUAAACGGAUUCAUUAGCCUCUGUCUGCUGUAUCCGUCUUGAUGAUUUUGUGUGUGGAUUUUUUGCUAUUUCGCAGCGUUUCCAAAAGCUUAGCGAGACUAAAAUGGCUAAAUUUUGAAUUUUCGAAACUUGGAAAUCACGUAAAUGCUCCAAACUGGUAAUUUCUUAUCUAGGCAUAAAAACAGCUGAUGAUCCGUCCUUGUCAAUGCAAGCAAAUGUAAAUAUUGUUUCUUUUAAGUGUGCUAUUGUUAUGCUCUGCAAGUUGUACUUCGUCAAGUCUUGCUUUUUUUUAUGACCAAAUUAGAUUUGAAUGUAUCAGAAAUAUAACUAAACAGAUUCAGUCUUUAUUUAUUAAAUUCAACUGGGUAAUGUAUUAUGAUGCAAUGCAAAAAAGUGAAGCCUACGUAAUUGUCUGUAAUCUUUCUGUGUCCUCGCUUCGUAACUUUCGUGAAAUGAGUUAAAACGCUUGAAAAUGUUGAAAGAUGUUGGAAAAAGAAGAACCGAGCCCUCUCAAUGCUUUGAAUCUACCGGAUGUAAGAAAGAAGUAACCAUGCCAUAAAUAAAACUUGAGGCAAGAACGAGGAAUAGAAGGAAAUGAUAAUUUUUAAAGUUCAUGUCUAUAAGAAUGUCUUUAUUUUUAAAAAAAUUCUUAGCUGCAUCUUCGACGGUUCACGCUUAUUUGUAUCACAAGGUAACAUUUUUACAUAAUGUAAAUGUCGGUUUUACAGGUUUGUUACUUAGUGGUCAUAUACAC